AGCGCAAAAAGCAGUGAAAAAAUCCAUUUUUCUUGGAACGAGGUCCCGCAAAGCCGUAGAAAUAGAUCAACAAAGCAGAAAAAUGUCCUACACAGAGCUGGAAAGCGGAUAUCAGGAAGCUCGUGCGGAAAAGCCUGGAUUUUUCGUUGGAGAUUCGGACAUGUACGACCAAAGUGACGGAGGCGGGAUGGAUUCCGAUUGCAGUGGUUCCUCGUCAAAUUCAGGCAAACAAGUGAUUGUUGGCAUAUGUGCCAUGGCGAAAAAAACCCAAUCUAAGCCGAUGAAAGAGAUUUUAUCGCGGAUUCAGGAGUUCGAGUUCAUCCGAAUGGUGAUUUUUCCGGAAGAAGUCAUCCUGAAGGAGCCCGUCGAAAAUUGGCCUCUUUGUGAUUGCCUAAUUUCCUUCCAUUCAAAGGGAUUUCCGCUCGACAAAGCUGUCAAAUAUGCUCAACUGAGGAGUCCGUUGCUCAUUAACAAUCUUCACAUGCAAUUCGAUAUAAUGGAUCGAAGAAAGGUCUAUAAAUUAUUGGAAGAGAACGGAAUUAGUAUUCCGCGGUAUGCGGUGCUCGACAGAGACUCUCCCGACCCCAAACAUCACGAGCUGAUCGAAAGUGAGGAUCACGUCGAAGUCAAUGGAGUCGUUUUUAACAAGCCUUUCGUGGAAAAACCCGUUUCCGCGGAAGAUCACAACAUUUAUAUCUACUAUCCGACAUCGGCGGGCGGCGGAAGUCAACGACUUUUUCGCAAAAUUGGCAGUAGAAGCAGCGUUUAUUCGCCGGAGAGUCGCGUGAGGAAGACUGGAUCGUUUAUUUACGAGGAUUUCAUGCCGACUGAUGGGACCGAUGUCAAAGUUUAUACCGUGGGACCCGAUUAUGCGCAUGCCGAGGCGAGAAAAAGUCCCGCUUUGGAUGGAAAGGUCGAAAGGGACAGCCAGGGAAAAGAAAUUCGGUAUCCGGUGAUUUUGAGUAAUCAGGAAAAAAUGAUUUCACGGAAGGUUUGUCUCGCGUUUCAACAAACUGUGUGCGGUUUUGACCUUUUACGGGCAAGCGGAAAAUCCUUCGUAUGCGACGUAAAUGGCUUUAGUUUCGUCAAAAACAGUCAAAAGUAUUACGAUGAUUGUGCAAAAAUUCUCGGAAACAUGAUUUUGCGUGAAUUAGCGCCCACACUUCACAUUCCAUGGUCAAUUCCGUUUCAGCUGGACGACCCGCCGAUCGUGCCAACGACUUUUGGGAAGAUGAUGGAGUUGAGAUGUGUCGUUGCCGUGAUCAGACACGGCGAUCGGACUCCAAAGCAGAAGAUGAAGUUGGAAGUUAGACAUCAAAGAUUUUUUGAUAUUUUUGAAAAAUAUGACGGAUAUAAACAAGGUGCCAUAAAACUUAAGAAACCAAAGCAACUGCAAGAAAUUUUGGAUAUUACGCGAUCGUUAUUGGUUGAAAUUCAGACGAAACAGGCAGAUCCGGAAAUUGAGGAGAAGCAAGGGAAACUUGAACAGCUCAAAAGUGUGCUGGAAAUGUACGGUCACUUUUCCGGCAUAAAUCGCAAAGUACAGAUGAAAUACCAACCAAAGGGUCGCCCACGCGGAUCAAGUUCUGAUGAUGGUAACAAUCAUUCCAAUACACCCAAAGAACCAUCUCUCGUGUUGAUUUUGAAAUGGGGAGGAGAAUUAACGCCCGCAGGACGAAUUCAAGCGGAAGAAUUGGGAAGAAUGUUUCGUUGUAUGUACCCGGGAGGGCAAAGUAAGGGUCUCGGAGGCGACGGAUUAGGCUUGUUACGACUUCAUUCGACGUUCCGACAUGACUUGAAGAUUUAUGCUUCGGAUGAGGGACGCGUUCAAAUGACUGCUGCUGCUUUCGCCAAAGGCCUACUCGCUCUCGAAGGGGAAUUAACGCCAAUUUUAGUGCAAAUGGUAAAAAGUGCCAACACCAAUGGCUUACUUGACAACGAUUGCGAAUCCAGCAAAUACCAAAACAUGGCAAAAGCAAAAUUACACGAACUCAUGCAAACUGACCGCGAAUUCACAGCAGAAGAUCGCGAACAAAUCAAUCCCGGCAACUCGAUCAGCAUCAACCAAGCGUUAGAUUACGUUAAAAAUCCCGUAAAAUGUUGCGCACAUUGCCAUGCGCUAAUUCAAUCGCUCAUCGCCAUCGUGACAAUCAAAAAGGACGACCCAAAAACGAAGGAAGCCGUUUUAUAUCACGGCGAAACGUGGGAACUGAUGAUGCGACGUUGGUCCAAAAUCGAAAAAGACUUUUACAGCAAAAAUAAGUACGACAUCUCGAAAAUUCCCGACAUUUACGACUGCAUCAAGUACGAUUUGCAACACAACCAGCACACGUUGCAAUUCGAUCAGGCCGAAGAAUUGUACGUUUACGCCAAAUAUCUCGCUGACAUCGUAAUUCCGCAGGAAUAUGGCUUAACAGUCCCCGAAAAACUGACAAUCGGUCAAGGGAUUUGCACGCCUUUGUUGAAAAAAAUUCGCACAGACCUCCAACGAAACAUUGGCGAAGCAGCGGGCGAGGAAAAUGUCAACAUGCUCAAUCCGCAAUACAGUCAGGGGGUUUCGUCGCCGGGAAGACAUGUUCGAACGCGAUUAUAUUUCACGAGCGAAAGUCACAUUCAUUCGUUGCUGACUGUUUUGAGACACGGGCCGCUGCUGGAUAUGACGUCAGAUGAACAAUGGCGACGCGCCAUGGAAUAUGUCUCGAUGGUCUCCGAGCUGAACUACAUGUCGCAAAUUGUGAUAAUGCUCUAUGAGGAUCCCAAUAAAAAUCCGUGCAGCGACGAAAGAUUUCACAUCGAGUUGCAUUUCAGUCCGGGCGUGAAUUGUUGCGUGCAGAAAAAUUUACCGCCGGGACCCGGGUUUAGACCGCACAGUAGAAAUGAUUCCGUGACGUCGAAGAGUAAUAGUGGCGAAGAAGAACUCGUUGUGAACAAAAUUGAAGAAGAAAGUGAUCGAAACGACACAACGCCUGAAGAUGAUUUCUACCCUACCAACAGUCGCUUCGAAAAGUUACCGACCCGCAAAUCGGACUGCGACAAGAGAAAACGAUCCCGCAACGUCUACAUUGGCAACUCCCAUACCGUAUCGGGGCAUGAAGCUUCCGAUUUAGCGAAACGCUUGAGCGAAGAGCUGGCAAUUCAUCAACAGAACGUCAACCGAUCCACGAGUCCUGAUUACGAAAUGCGCCCACGAUCCUUGGAACAAAAACAUUACAAGAAAACGGAUCAUACACAUUAUCAAAGCUUGCAAGCCGUUUAUAAUCAAGAAGAUCUCGUCAUCGACAUCGAGCUCGAUCCCAGUUUCGAAAGUGGUUCAGCGACGAAUGAAUUACCUCUGUCGGCGAUCAAAUUUUCUUCGUGUUCGCGUCUCAUGUCGUGCGAAGACUACGACUUGCCCGAUUCCGAUGUUUAUGACUUGAUUUUGCACAAUACACGUCCGAAAAUUUCGCCUCUUGCGACGAACGAAAAACCGUUAACUUUGCCGCCAUUAACGUGCGUCGUUGGAUCACCCCCAAAUCCCGCCUCUUCUUCCGCAUCAAAUUCCGAUUUCGCCGACUUUUCAUUUAACAGUCACGAUACGACCUUAGGUAACGACUUUCUCCCGUUUUUUCCCGCCGAAUAUUCCACGAGUUUUCCGCAACUAAUUGCGCGUUCCGUUUCAUGCGAAAAUCUGUUUGAACAACCAUCUGCAGUGGUUGGGCGACGAGAUGGCGCUGCAUCCAACGUAUCAUCAUCAUCGAUGUACAUAACGAGCCCUUUUGAGUUGAAUACGUUCAAUUUUUUGCAGCACGAGCGGAAUUUACGGUUUGGCCGGAUUUAUUCGAGCUCGUGCGAAACGUCGUUGCACCAAAAGACGUCGCACGACGAUUUGUGUCCCUCGCCAGCACGUCGGAACAGUGCGUCGUACGCCUCGUUUUAUUCCUAUCCCGGUUUGAUCGCAACGCCCCCAUUGCAUGUUACGAGAACGAGUAAUUCGUCGCUGGCGCCCCCUGGCGAACAGCUCUGUUGUGACGAGAUAUCGAUUGAAUUAACUCACGUUGCUACUCCCGCCAUUUGUAUCAAUUCCGAGCCGUAUGCGAGUUUCGACGAAAAUUCCCCCCCGUCUCCCUCCCCCCAAAACUUAGAUGACAUUAAUAAUACUACUACCAUAGAACGUGAUGACGCGUUUUCUAAUAGUAAUAAUCAAUUAACUAAUGUUGUUUGCCCACUUACUAAUUCGCCACAUGAAUCGACGUGUGACACCAUCGCCUCAUCCCCCAUUGUUGUUUGUUGUGUGUCUAAUGAUAACGAUAAAAAUGAUGCUGCUGCUAUCGCCGUAACCAAACCGCCGUCAUCUCCAUCAUCAUCUUCAACGACGCCGGCAACGAAAACAGAUUCGCCGCAAAGCGGAACGAGACGACAAAGGCACAGCAUUGCCUCUGGCCAGAUGGGUGUUUUCAAAAGUUUAGGCUUUAGUAGGAAAAUGGCGGCUAGCACAAAUAGCUUAUUUAGCACCGCCGUCAUAUCAGGAAGUAGCUCGGCACCCAAUUUGCGCGACAUGAUCCCGAGUACGGCGACGCCCUCAGGUAAAGUACUAAGUAUUGAAGGCUUUGGCGGAGUACCGCCAAUUCGACCAUUGGAAACGCUCCAUAAUGCGUUGUCGCUGAAGCAAUUGGAUGAAUUUUUGCACAAAAUGGCGUCAAAUGUGUGGUUUAAGACGCCUGGUUCGUCGCCUCCGAAGUAUCCGUCGACGCCGCAAACGUCAAUGUCGGAGGAAAAGCUAAGCGACAAGUUUGACGAGCAAGUUGAACAUGAAGCGGAAGAAACGAAGCCACAGGAAUGAAGGAAUUACUUGUUAUAAGAUUUUAUUGAGAUUUUUUUUUUGUUAUUGACUUUUAGUUGAAAAUUUUUAGUUAAAUUUAAUCGACUUUCAGUAUAAAAAAAAAUUAUAUUUUUUUGAAUUGCGAUUUUGUGAGAAAAUUGUCCAUUUUUUUAUAUAAAAUCACAAAGUCUUGUUUUUUACUUUUUAGGACUCAAAUUAUAUUCGAAAUGAUUUUUUUGACAAAGAAAAAUACGUUUUCAUCA